ACAAAGAGCUAGUUUGAAUAGUAAUACUAUGAUACAGUGUCUAGUGUUCAUUGAAGUACUCUAUUGUCCUACUAAGGAGAACUGAAGACAUACAAUAGAUACAAUCAAGUCAAUAAUCUCACACACAAAAAUUUAGUCUUUGAAAAUUGAUAAUCAUCCUUAACAAUGUGAUUGGCGCGUAGCCCGGAUGUAACCGAAUGUGACAAAGAAAAAGUCUUACUAGAGUAUGCUUGUGAUUGGCGCAUCGCCCGGAUGUAACCGAAUAUGGCAAAGAAAAAGUCUUACUAGUGUAGACUUACAAAGAAACUUUAGUUCUGGAAAGUCAGGCGUUUAAACUUCGUUUGAAGGUACUCAUCAUGCUUCCAAACUCUGUUGAUGUAAUGUUAUAGGCCACAAAAAGAUGGCAAAGAUGAACACCGCCUCGCCUUAUACUAUCUAUGUGUUAUUGUUUCUGUCAGUGUCCACUGGAGUAUGGGCCAAAACAGUUUUGAACUCGUUCACUUCAGUGCCAAGUGUGAGCUCUGUCUGCACAACGCUCAGUGGAUUUAUCACUCGCAAUGUCGUCUCUUGCAUCAUGGCUUGCGGGCAAUCGCCGACCUGCUACGGCACAAAGUGGACGUUGAACAAGACCUGCUCCUUCCUGUACUACGAUUGUUUUUCCACGACGUCAUUAGGGGGAGCGCAGUUAAUAACCAGUGAUAAAAUUUACAAGAGGAAUAUUAGAAGCUGCCAGAACAACAGCACGUGGGUAAAUGCAACGGUUGGCUGCGCUUGUGUAAAUUGUUGGGUAGGAUACUACUGUGAGCGCUAUCCCAAGAACUGCAGCGAACUAGUGAGCUUCGGCUACCCCAAGACAUCGCACACCUGCAGACUGGACGCCACGGGAGAUGGUCAAGCUGUGGGAGUCACCAAGUGCUCGCUCUUCGACAGCGGCUCCGUCUUCACCUCCAUUGUCUUCUCCAACAGCACCGCCAGCGCUCACAACCGGUCCUGGGCGGCUUACGAGGGCGGCUUCCGCAACAACUCCAAUGACUUUUUUGUCGGCUUGAAACCGGUUUGGGCUUUGAACAAUUACCAAGGGCUGACCACGGUGCGUGUUCAGGUGGACUUCCAGAGCAACGGCGUGGCUUGGACGUGGUCCCGUGAGAGCACUAACUUCAGCAUGCAGAACACGAGUAGCGGCUACAGAUUCACGUCUGCCAAAGGUUUACUGAUCACAAACUCUUACGUUCCAGGUACUAUCAACACGACGUACACCCUUAAUGACCUACUGAGCCUCAGCCAGGGUGCCGCCUUCUCCACCUACGACAUGGAUCAGGAUAACUUUACGACGAAGAACUGCGCCUCGCUUGCUGGGGCGGGCUGGUGGUUCAACGAUUGUUCUAACACGGUUAACCCACUGGGUUUAGCAGAGGCAAUCCGGAUUCCAGGAAUAAACAUGCAAGAUCCAGAAGUCCAGAGCUCGUUUAAGUUCUUCACCAUGUACUUUUAUAAUAAAGUUUAGCAAUCAACACUUCUUACAGUAAAAUUGCUGUUUUUAACCACGAGAAACUAUGUUUUUAACCACGAGAAACUAUGUUUUUAACCACGAGAAACUAUGUUUGAACCACUAUUAACUAUGUUUUUAACGACCUGAAACUAUGUUUUUAAACACGAGAAAAUCUGUUGCUAACCUAAGAAAGUCUGUUUUUAUGCAGUUUUCAAACCAAGUAAGAACUUAGCGGACAACAUAUUGGUAGCUAUUGUUUAGUAUGACACCACAAUGUAUCUCUUGUUUAAUUCAUUCAACUAUUUUGUGUAACAUGUCAUUUGGCACGGCUAGCAUUAUACAGUUAUAAACAUACAGUUUCGUUUGUAAUAUAUAUUGUAAUAAAAUGUAGUGUUAUUACUCACA